UUCUCCUCCCCGCCUUCCUCGCCUGGGGAGCUCAGCCUCGUCUAGGGGAGAGCCCGGGGCCGCGGGCUUCGGCCAGGACUGGAUAUCGUACUUUACAAGAUGUAGUGCUGUAAUGUGGCUGAUGGGACAGGUUCAGACAUGGCAUCAGAACUUUGUAAGACAAUCUCUGUGGCGAAGCUGGAAAAGCACAAGAAUUUGUUCUUAAAUUACAGGAAUCUGCACCAUUUUCCAAUGGAGUUACUGAAAGAUGAGGGCCUGCAGUACUUGGAAAGACUCUAUAUGAAAAGAAACUCCCUUACAACCUUGCCAGAAGAUCUUGCUCAGAAGCUCCCAAACCUUGUGGAAUUGUACCUUCAUUCAAAUAAUAUAGUUGUUGUACCUGAAGCCAUUGGUUCCCUUGUAAAGCUCCAGUGUCUGGAUCUGAGUGACAAUGCCUUGGAAAUUGUCUGCCCAGAAAUUGGUCGUCUAAGAUCCUUACGUCACCUUCGAUUAGCUAAUAACCAACUAAAAUUCUUACCUCCAGAGGUUGGAGAUUUGAAGGAGCUGCAGACACUGGACAUCUCUACCAAUCGUUUGCUAACUUUACCAGAGAGGCUUCAUAUGUGCCUUUCUCUGCAGUAUCUAACUGUGGACCGAAAUCACUUAUGGUGUGUACCUCGCCAUCUUUGCCAGCUUCCUAGCCUCAAUGAACUCUCCAUGGCUGGAAACCGUCUUGCAUUUUUGCCACUUGAUUUAGGUCGAUCUCGAGAGCUACAGUAUGUGUAUGUGGAUAACAACAUUCACCUGAAAGGCCUGCCUUCCUAUUUAUAUAAUAAGGUCAUCGGUUGCAGUGGCUGUGGCUCUCCCAUUCAAGUUUCAGAGGUGAAGCUGCUUUCAUUCUCAUCAGGGCAAUUAACUGUUUUCCUCCCAGCGGAAGUUAAAUCUAUAGGGACAGAAACAGAUCAUGUCCUGCCUCUACAAGAAUUAGCCAUGAGAAGUCUGUAUAACACCUAUUACAAGUUAAUAAAAGAUUUGAACUUCCUGUCUCCAAUCUCAUUACCCAGAAGUCUCCUGGAGCUGCUGCACUGCCCUCUGGGACAUUGUCACCGUUGUAGUGAGCCAAUGUUUACUAUUGUCUACCCAAAGCUCUUUCCCCUGAGAGAGACACCAAUGGCGGGGCUGCACCAGGGGAGGACAACUGUGAGUUUUGUAGCUUACUGCUGCUCCACCCAGUGUCUGCAGACUUUUGACCUACUGAGUUGAUAAACACUUAAAACUACUCAGGAGUGUUGCCAGCUUAAAGCUGUGUUAGACUGCAUAUCCCAUUGGAUACUGGAAUACUGUUUAUGUGCCAAAGCAGCAGAAGUGCCCAGUCAGGAACACUAAUAGGCACUUAAAUCUUGCCCUAUCAAAUUUGGAUGAACUGCAGAAAUCUUUUGGAAAUGUAACGAUUGAGCUUUAGAGGUAGAAAGCAUUCUCCCCUCCCCCCAAGUUGGAAUAUAAUCCAAAAAAUUUUAAGGAGCUUUGGUCUCCAGUGUUUUUCUUUUUAUGUGAGUGUGUCUCAUAUGUAAGCUAUUUAGUUUGAUGCGUCUCCCUGAAUCUAAUUUAAAGCAAGUUCCAGUUCCCUGAAGAACUGCAAUUUGAUAAUAUAAUGAAAUUAAUUUUUAAACACACAUACUUCCAAUGAUAAGCCUGGUCUUCCCUGCUCUGUUUCCCCAGAGGAAAACUGCCACGAUUCCCUCAAAUGAAACUUUGUCAGUGUCCCUUAGCUCUUCCUUACCACAUUGUAAAGAACCUCACUGCCUCAUUAGGAAAUGGGUUUGUGUUGAAGCCUACUUUUGUGAUAGCCUGCUUCUCAGGUUAGGCUCCUCUGAAAGCUCACCAGGGAACUGAUCAUUUAGCCUGUAGAAAGUCAUGACUUUGUUUUUGCUUGUGCAAGUUUAUUAAUAAGAGCCUUAAGCUUGCCUUUUUUUGUGGUAGAAGUUCUUCGUAGAGAAGAUGCUGAUAAUAAAUGCACCUUUUAAUGUUAGAAAACAGCCCACUUGCAUAUAAAAUAUUCUUAUAAUCCAGGGUGAUAUUCUUAGAGAGUUCUGAGGAAUCUUUGAGUCUUAAAAGGAUUAGACCCCACCAUCUCUAGAUUUAAACGUUUUCAACGAAGUGAGAAAGGGAAAGACAACCAUACAAAUAUGUGGCAUUCAAUGCCCUUUUUUGUGUGCUUCAUGAUUAAAUCUGAUCAAUUUUGGAUUGUUUUUUUAUGUGGGAAUAACAGUCAACCUGUAUAUGGUAAAACUAAAAAAUAUAUGCAGUAUGAUUUUUCUAUAUUGUCCUAUAGUGUAUUUUAUUAAUAUAAUAUGUUUUAAAUUCUCUUAAUUUUUACCUAUAGCUGUGUUUUUAAAAUGCCACAGGAAAGUGCAAAGAUCUGCAGUUUGAUUUUACAGAAAGAUUAUUAACUGGUAACCCCUGAGAAUAUACCCUGGCAAUAGGAGAUGUCCUCUUGUACCACACAUCUCUGCUCUUCUUUUAAAAGUGUGGUGGCAUUUUAAAUAUGUCUUUGCUGCCAGAUGUGCAUUUUGGUUACUGUAAAAGUAUUUUAUUCUGCAGUUUUCAAAAGGCAGGACUAGAAGGUCAGUUUUUAAGGACUAACCACGGGCACUCGCAUUUGAAUGGCCAUGUUCAUUUUCAAAGUAUCUUGGAGCUUUAGAUUUUAUUUGGUUUAUGAAAUUUUAUUAAUUGUCCUAUAUUUGAAAUGCUAGGUUUUAACAGUGCUGAAAUCCUACACAGUUACUGACAAAUGUGUGAUCUUUUCACAAUAACACCACCUGCUCUUCAGAAAGUACUUUGGAAUGGGGAAGGCAGAAAGAAGCCUGACAUGUGUGUUCCAACUUUAUUCGCACUAUUCUUACUUUCCUUUUCCUUUUCAUAACUUGGUCUUUUCAGCUUUGGCAUUUCAAAAGCAUAGAGUACAAUAGAUCUGAAGAUCAGUAUUGAAACUACAGCAUGUACCUUGGACACUUCUUUAGGAACAAUUGAGUUUGCGGAUGUAACCUGUUACAUGUACAUAUGUUAGUGGGUGAAAAAUAUGGCGUGAUGCUUCACAAAUGUGAUUCAGGCCUUGGUGUCUGGUGCCAUGUGUCUAAGUGACUAUAGAUAUAUUGCAGCAUCUUAUUUUUUUUCCACAACCAUAUGUCAGGAGUAAGUAGCUUUGAAGUGGAGAUUUGUGUCUAUAAAAUAUACUAUCCCGAUAUUCAAGAAUCAAGUGAAAUUAAAGGUCCAUUAUUAACAUUGAUUUAAUUAGGCAAUAAUAACAAAGUAACCAAUAACCAUACAACUUUCCUGCGUCUAAAUUUAGUACUGGCCUUUGAAAGCCGGGAAGGAUGCCUAACAGUACCAGCCCUUGUGGAAUUUGAACUUGUAAUUGCUGGUAUAGAUCCAGAAUUUAAUUUACAAAAAAUGGGUAUAAUAAUUUGGUUUCCUUGGUGCUGUUGGAUAUGAAAAUUUAAUGCUAGAGUCCCUGCUGUUUAUUUUUUCCUCUGCUAGACAUAAUGUUAUAUCCUGGGAAAUAGUGUCCUCCAUGCUAUAUUUUAGAAUUGUGUCCAAUACAAUGCAAAGAAAAAUAAAUUCAUGUACAUAUUUUAGAUUUUGUUUUCUUGGAUGAGAGUUCAUUACAGAUUGGGCAAUUUUAAAAAAUUAAGAAAAGAAACUUUAUGUGAUAGCUAACAAUAGCCUCGUGAAAAUCAAGGCACUUACAUUUUUAUUCAGAUGACUGCAUUAGUGAUCAAAAGUGGUUAAAAAAAAACAUGUUUGAAACAAGACCUCUUUAAUGCUCUGUUGCUUUGAAGGGAGCUAGUUUUAAAUUGGCCUUUUGUUGAUGUCCCUAAGGAAGUUUAUUUGAGGAUCAAUCAAUUCACAGACAAAAGUUCAGUUGCUCGGCUAUUGUACAAAUUAAAUAUCAAUCUUUAAAGAGAAAAAUAAAUAGGUUGAUGCAGUAAAGGUAUGCUCUGACUAAUUGUAUCUUAAAUUCCUGUAUCUUAUCUCCAACCCAUAUCAGUUGUCUUCAGUUGGGCAUCUGUAAAAGGUAAACUUACCUUUUGUUUGCCAAAGAAGUACUUCAUGCUAGCUUGUCCGACUAGUAUAACGAAUACUUCUCUUAUUUCAAGAUGAGCAUAGUGAUCAAAUUAUGGGCCACUGCAUAUCAUUCUUUAGAGGGGAAAAUGCAUUCAUCUUUGCUGUUCUGAAUUUAAAACAGAAUAAUGAAAUAAUGCUACUGAGACUUUCAAAGCUAGUUUUUAAUGUAUCAACAGGAAAAUCAGGUUCAUGUUUCUUUGAUUGAAAAUCAGGCAUUCUUCUUUCUACUAUGAAAAACUUAAAUCAUAAUACAUUACUUAAGUAGUAGUCAAAGUAUCUUUUUCUAGAUGAUUUAUGUAUGAGAAUUCUUAACUAGAGCAACACUAACCCAGCUUAAUAUGAUUAAGCAUUAAAAUGUAAAUUACUGUGAUAAAUUUGUAAAUAAACUCUCUUCAAGGUGUCUCUUUUUGAGAAUAUUUCUAUACAAAAGCCUGACCACUUCAUUUUUCCGUUAUCUUAAAGCUUUUAGUUUCCUCCUACUUAACUACUAAUGAGGCCUCCUUAAAUACUUGCUAGAAAUUCAAAGAAUAAAAUACUUUAUUUUCUCCUCAGAAAUGAUGGAUUUUUUAAAGUUACAUUUUUAAAAAAACAGCUUUGUAUUUCUUUCAGAAUUAAAGUACUCUCACUAUUCCAAUGCAGAAACAAGUUUACCAUCUUAUUAGCUGAUGUAUACUUGAAGGUGACAUGAUAAAAUGGCCAAGUGAGAAUUCUGCUUGACGAGGAAACCUAUGUUAUUGCUCUCUUUAAAAGCAGGAUAGCAUGGUCCCUUAAGCUUUGUACAUAAUACAACCAAACGUACUAGUGCAUUUGACUACAGUACAACCUGCUAAGCUAAAGUACUUGGAGGUAAUUAGUAACAUUUUUAUAUGCAAUUAAGAAUUAGACUUGCAAGGAUUUAAGAUAUUUUCUUCUUUCAUUCACCUUACCACAGAGGCCUGGAUUAUCACUACUUUCACUAUUUGCAUUACAGAAUAUCAGGUUCUAACUGAUUUACACAUUGAAUUUUGAGAACCUUUAAUAACCCAGGAUUUUUAAUUUUUGUAUAACAAAAGUAUUUUCUAAGAGUAUAUUGGUCUUUUGAAAGACAUUAUGACAUUCAUUUGGGGUGUAUACAUUUAUUUCUGAAACACAUUAACUGUACCCCUUUUUGUUCCCAAAGCUGCUAUUGUGUUGAAUAACUAUUGAGCUUGAACCCUGUGAUUGCUUAGAAGUGUAAAUGUAUUUCCUCUUCAUUGUCUUAACCAAGAACAUUUUGUAAAAUGGAAAAAAAAACUGUACUAGAUGUUUAAAUUAAAGCCAAUGAUGCAACUUACUGUACAUGUUUGUUAAUAAACUUUUUGGAUAGUUCAUCUAUCUAUAAAAACA